CAUGCUGCCCCACCCAGCCCGAGAUGAAAGGUCCAGCUACCUGUGGAGAACUCAGUGAGCAAGGAGUUAUCUUUUCUGAAAGUACUGACAUUCAAUUGGAAAUCUUGGCUGAGAGCAGAAGGAAUCACAGUUGGGGAAAGAAGGGUAAUCUACAAUGGAAGAGGUUGGACAGGAGCCAACAGAUGUGCAUGAGAUGAUGGAAAUACCGAAACUAGAAGUCACAAAAGAGAACUUAAACUCCCUGAACUUGCACCUUGAAAAGGACCUGCAGAGACUGGAUGAGGCAAACCAGGUUCUUCUCAGAAAAAUUCAAGAGAAAGAAGAAACUAUUCAAAGUCUGGAAAGAGAGAUUGCUCUGUCAGUAGGACAAGCCGGAGAGAGGGAGGAGUUGGGCCACAUUAUAUCCGAGAAGGAGGAAAUCCUGAGGGACCUGGAAUUGGAGACAGCAAAGCUGGAAAAAAGUAACAAGGUUCUAGACAAGAAUGUGAUGGAGCUUCAGAAAAAGGUUUCAAGGAUGAAUAAGAAUUUUGGCCUUGCUAAAGGAACCCUAAAGCAGGCGUUGGCAGAAUUGAGGCUGAAACUACAAAAGUCAACAGAGUCCUGUGCAAAGCAAGAGAAGGAACUGACCAAGAUAGAGAGCGACUACCAAUCUGUGUAUCAGCUCUGUGAGGACCAGGCCCACUACAUAAAGAAAUACCAGGAAAUUCUGAGGCAGAUGGAAAAGGAGAAGGAGAUGCUGCUGCUUGAAAAAGAAAUACUCAAGGCCCAGAACAAUUCCUCCCAAACAGUGAGACCUGGGUCAAUUCUGGUGGAGACCAUCCAAAGCAACAUUGAGCAGACCAUCAUUAAGAAACAAAAGAGAAUCUGUCGGUACUGGCAUCUACGGUGUCUUGUCUUCGUGGUCAUGAUCUUCAUUAGGUUGCUGGGUUAUGUCCUUUUCCACCUGCAGUACAUAAACCCAGACCUCCUUGUGGAUGUCCUGCCCAUGGUGAUGAGCAGGAAUACCUUGAAGAGGCUCAGGGACGUCUUGCUUCCCAUCCUCACUCUAGAGGUGGAAGAAGUUCUACCUCACUAGUCUGGGGUUCUUGUGGGGCUUGGAACUGCUGCCUGUGGAGAGGGGGCAUGGCAAAAGGGGGAGCCUCCCACUUGAAGCUACUGUUUCUCACAUCUGACCUCUUCAUUUCAAUCUUUUCUUUUGCUUUCUCUCUUUCAAAUAAAGAAUAU